AAUAACGUUUAUGAAGAAGAAUUGGAGAACUUCAUUGGAAACGAUGACGAAGGUGAAAUAUGGUGCGUAUUCACGUGGUCAAGUAAGUUAAUCAACACGCCCCUCCACGCCCUGACAGAAGUUGGAAGUGGGAACGGUGCACCGUUAUUCGCGCUUGCGGAGGGACCACAUUCACACCUAGGGGUUGAUUGUAGCGAAGGAGCUGUUCAGCUCGCUCAAUCGGGGGCGCACGCUCGGAAUCUUACGGCCGUCACGCUAAGAGUGUGCGAUUUCCUGCAUGAGGACCCACAGUUGCUCGCAGAUGAUGAUCAGAAAGCUAACCAGAAUGGAGUUUGGGAUCUUAUCAUACAUCAUCACAACAGGCUCAAAACCGAAUUCUGUAUGAGCUUAGCGGAUGAUGCUACCUGA